AUGAAGUCGGAAUUAUUUGAGACAAAGGAGGGACUGAGGCAGGGUGGAGUGCUGAGUCCGACAUUGUUUAUAGUGUUUUUGGAUGAGAUAAUCAGAGAGGCAAAGGAGAGAACAGAGAAGCUUACAAUUGGUUUUAAGAACUUAAGAAGAGUUGUAAUAUCAGAAUGUGCCUUUGCGGAUGACAUCGUAUUGAUGGCGGGAACAAGGAGGAGUAUACAGGGAAAUUUGGAUAUAUGGAAUGGAAUACUGAGAAAAUAUGGGAUGGAAAUAAAUAGAAGAAAGACAAAAGUGAUGGAAGUGAACGAUGAACGGGAGGAUGAUUGGAGAUUGGAAAUUGAGGGAGAGGAAGUUGAAAAGGUGGAAUGUUCCAGAUAUUUAGGAGUGAACAUAGAAAAUACGGGAAGCCAAGAAAGGGAGAUUAACGAGAGAAUUGAAAAAGCCGGCAGAUUAUACCACGCAAUUAAUAAGAAAUUCCUAAGAAGAACUGAAGUUGAAGAGAAAACUAAAAUGACCGUGUUUAAGUCGAUAUUCAGACCUGUUCUGUCGUACGGAUGUGAAACUUGGAACACAACAAAGAGAAUGAGGAGUAAACUACAGGCAGUGGAAAUUAAAUUUUUGAGAGGAAUGGCACUGCAAGCAGAUUUAUCCGAGUGUAGAUCAAUUUUGGUUAAGCAUUCGGAAGAUUUGCUGCCUCAUGAUGACGCACUUGUGAGUCAUUCCCGAUCAAUCAGCGAUCACGAUGCUAAGUUCCAGUCCUGCACUUCCCAGGUGCUGAGUUUGGCGGAAUCUCACAGAGGCCUUGCGGAGGCGGUAGAUUCUGCUGCCUUUAGAAUAUCAGCAAUCGAGUCUUCGAGGAUACAACCCUCCACAGGACUUUCUAAUGUUGAACCAUCUGAAAUGCUCGAACGCUUACGUAGAUCCCACAACCUGUUAAUACGGGGAGUUCCUGAAACAAGCCCCGAUGUAGAUCAAAGCAGCUUCAAGACCUACGCGCUGUGCUUGAGAGAAGACGCCGAGCUGGAGAAGCCAACCUCACCAUAA